AUGGAGCAGGGGGCCUCGCUCAUGCUGCCUCUCCGGCCGCAAAAAACCAAGACUACCAAAAAAGACAACUUACCAAUCCGCAUAGCUCAGAUCAACGCUCAGCGCGGCUCCUUUCGCAACAUCACCGAACAGAGUCUUCAAGAAGAGAUAACAGCGCACAAGGAAAAGAGCAAGGACAAGGCCAGUGAAAAUGAGGAAGAAGAGGAUCAAGAUGAAAAAAAUGUGAACGAGGUCGAUGCGACCGAACGUCAAGAUUUGCUGUACAAGAAACGGGCGGAGAUUAUUCAAUUCGCGGCUCAAGCUCAUAUGGAAACCCAAUUCGCGCUGGACUUCAUAUCCCUCCUACUGUCGAAACAUGCCCCGCGCCAAGCAGAAACGAGUAUCUCGCCGUACCUCAAACAAAAUGUCCCUCUGGGAUCGUUGAACAUCGAUGUCGUCAGAGCACCCCAGAAAUCUCAAUCGGCGUUACGUGACUCACAAAAUGUGGCUCGUGGGUGGAAGAUGGAAAGCUUUGAUGCUUCUGCGACCAGACUGCUCAAAGCUGCGUCGCGGUUGGAGAGUGAAGUCGCGGCGGAAACGAAAUACUGGGACCAGGUGUUGUCGAUCAAAGAUAAAGGGUGGAAAGUGUGUAGACUGCCACGGGAGAGACAGGUGCUUGGUGUACAGUAUGGAUUCAUGGAGGCUGCACCAACUUUCCGUGACCGCGGUCUGGCCUCUUUACGCCGUGCUGACGAUGGCACACUCGUUCUAGACAAGGGCCUGGUACCCUCAAGAGCGAGAGCAGUACGAGUACGGGUAAAAAAACAAGGCAAGAUCACAGGCAGUUCAAGCUUGUCACAGUUUGUAGCUGCUGCCGUUUCCGAUGAUUCAGUUGAAAAAACGAUUCUACAGUCAAGAGAUACGCUGUUUGAGGAAGAGCUAUUCCACGAACUCACUCGAGAAGCUCGGGUGCUCGUCAGCUCAGGAGUGACAACACACAAAGACAUGAUUGAAUUUGAAUACGAACCAGGCGAGCAAAUCCUGCUCGAUAUCGUGGAUAUGAAUGAUAUCAAGCCGGACAGUGAAAUGGACUCUGCAGAGAACGGCACUGUUAAUAAUUUGGAAGCCAAAGCAAUCGCGCACGCGCUCCGUAUCUUACUUUCAUAUGCACAUCGACAAAACCUACGACGACGAAGUCAAUUCCCACCUCCACUCACGAAACAGCCACGAGCGACACCACAAUAUCAACUCCUUCGUCCAAUUUUGUCAUAUAUGCAACACGACGCCCACGUACGUUCUCUACAAUCUUUCCUGCAAGAUGUUUACCAAGUCCUGAACUCCGCCGGUCUCCCUUCCAAAUACACAACCUCAAAAUUUUCAUCCCUACAAUUCAGCAAUUCCAACAUAGAUCAAUCCUCAACAGCAGUUGAGACCUUAGUCGGCCAAUUCAUGGAGCCCCUCCAAUCACGAUUCACCGGGUCAAUGGCCAAUCCUACCAGCACAUAUAAUAUUCGAAUUAACACCACUAUGCCAGAUACAUCAUCUCGCCAAAUGGCUCUUGGGACUGACUAUGAAUUGACCAUCCGCCUACCGAACUACCCAUAUACGCAACCACCGUCGCGAAUUGGGCUCAAACAUGAAGUUGAGUUGUUACUGUUACGACUAUUCACUCUGGACUUGAUUACAUACAUAUCUUCGACUUCCUCUCAGAAUUCGACCAAAGCGGCAGCAGAAACCAAAGAGCUGGAUUCCUCUCUAAGCAAGAACAUGUUGGUCUGGGAAUCCCCAUUCCCGCACCAUGGAGAGCUUUUAGGCAUGACACAAGAUGGCAAGCCAGUCAAACAGUUGGCCAUCGAUCUGAGUCGGGACAGGCUGAGUCUACGUCUGAAAUCUCGGGUUCAGCCUGAUGGCAAAUCGAACAAUCAAUCAGACGCCAACGAUCUACCCAAUGAAGAGGAUACAGCCAUCGACUACGACGAUUCAGAUUUCCCUCAAUCAGAAUUCGUUACCGGUCCAGGCGGAUUGAAAUAUACCCGUGCACCUCAAAGGUUGACUGGCGGGGAAAUCAUGCAUAUCUGGCGACGCGAGGAUGCGAAUAUACCGUCAAAGACGGUGGCGGAAGUCGUCGAACAGAUCUCCUCCAUUUAG